UUCCAUCUGCUCCCAGUUGUCUUCAGAAUGGGGGAGCAGAACCACUCUCCCAGGAAUGAGCUUCAGCACAGGAUGAGAGCAGAGGUUCCCGGAAAGAAAAGCUGGCACUCCCAGGCCUACGCCCUUGGUGCUGUUUCCAACUUUAUGUCUACUUUUCUGACCUUUCCUAUCUAUAAGGUUGUGUUCCGGCAACAGAUCCAUGCCAUGGCAGUGUCAGAGGCUGUGAGACAGCUUUGGCACGAAGGUCCUCAAUACUUCUACCGGGGAAUCUACCCUCCUCUUCUCUCCAAGACGUUGCAAGGGACUCUUCUGUUUGGGACUUAUGAUAGCCUGCUGUGCUCCCUUUCUCCUGUUGGGCCACACACUCUGGGACAUCGCUGGGCUGCAGGGCUCAUGUCUGGUGUGGUGGAGGCUGUGGCACUCAGUCCCUUUGAAAGGGUGCAAAAUGUGCUCCAGGAUGGUCGCAAGCAAGCUCGCUUCCCCAGCACCUUCAGCAUUCUCAAGGAAUUCAACUCUUACGGUCUUUGGGGGCGCCUGUCACUGGGCUACUAUCGUGGUUUCUGGCCCGUCCUGGCCAGGAAUAGCCUGGGGAGUGCUCUAUAUUUUUCUUUCAAGGACCCGAUCCAGGAUGGCCUGGCAGAACAAGGCCUUCCCUAUUGGGUUCCUGCCUUGGUGUCUGGUAGUGUCAAUGGAACAAUCACCUGCCUAGUUCUGUAUCCUCUGAUUGUGCUGGUCGCUAACAUGCAGUCCCAUAUUGGAUGGCAGAACAUGCCAAGCCUGUGGGCCUCUGCCCAGGAUGUGUGGAACACUCGGGGCCGAAAGCUGCUCCUGAUCUACCGUGGAGGCUCCCUGGUCAUUGUAAGGUCAAGUGUGACAUGGGGCCUCACUACGGCAAUCCAUGACUUCCUGCAGAGGAAGUCUCACUCCAAGAAAGAGCUGAAGACUGACUAGCUGCAGAAAGUGUGGCCGUGGCAGCUUUGGUAUUCUAAAUCUGCCCUGGUGGGUUCUAUACUGCUUACUUCUUUGGCUCAGUUGCCUAAUACAGCCAUUCUUUAGCAUCUGUAAACUCAAUGCAUGGGAGAAGUUCCUGACUACCAACCUGUUGAGCAUGGACAAAGCCCAAUAGGAUUCCUUAGUCAAAAAGAAACGUUUGCCCCAGUCUCUCCACAGCUUCAGUAGCCUCAGAGCCAGGAGGCCUUUAAAUAACCAUGUAACCCAGAUUAAGUGUCAUUCCUUUAAGGAAUUCCUUGAUAAUAAGAGGAAACUUAAAAAGAUGAGCUUACUUAGCACUGUGAGCUCUGUGACCCCUCUAGGUGUCCUCCAGACCGAAAUGAGUGGAACUCCAACUUCAAAGAACUAUGCUUGACUCUUAGGAUGGGCAUUUCAUAAAACUUCUCAGAUGGCUACAUAUUUUUUAAUAUUGUUCACUUCCUCUAUCACCACCCCUCACUUCUCAAGGCUGUGGAUCCUACUUUCAGGGUAGCAGCUGUGGCUGGAAAUCCUAAAUUAGUCUUGCUUAAACUCAUCAUGUCCCACAAGAACUAGUGGGGCUGGAGAUGGGAGUGAGAAGAGGUAUGGCCCAUGGGUGGAAAGAAUAAAAACUUUGAAAGAAGAGAUUUAAUUACAUGCAAAAUAGAAACAUUUAAUAUUGUCUGCUUGGUGUUAUCUGCCAGGAUAUUUCUGAGAGCAAGGUGAUAACAUUGCCUAGAAACUGUUUGAAUUUCUCUAAGAAACCUGAAAGUGAAGUGACCAUAUCUCUUCACAAAUAAUUGCAUAUUUUGUUGAUGUGGUAAAUGUAGUUGCUAUGACAUAAAGAUCAGAAAUCUUAGCCUGUCAUUCAGAGCCAUUCAAUAUAUGGUCCUCAUAUAACUUUCAACAUAUUGUCACUCCACUUACAUAAACCCCAAACACUAGCCAAGGUGAACUAUUCUUCUCUCCCCAAACAUUCCAUGAACUUUCCCAUGGCCAUAUUUUGGCCCACACUAUUCUUUCCACCUGCAGUGUUCCUUCUUCACAUGCCAGUCUACCAAAUCCUUCCAGUUUCUCAAAGCUCAGUUCAGAGGUCACCUUCUCUAUGUAGCCUCUUGAUUUCCCCCAAAUGAAUGUGACAUUAGUCUCUGCGAUGCCCCUUUCU